ACAGCUCCGGAUAGACUUUCUUGAGAAUAGUCCGAGGGCAUUCCACGACUUUCACCCACGGAGGCUAUACACACAAUGGCCCGACUUCAGCAGGUCAAGCACGCAUUCGCGUCUCCCAGGGCUUUUCUCAAGGCCAUCGAGAUGAAAGAGACGGAUGGGGAGAACAAGGCCGAUUACAACGAGGAUCUUCUCCCAACAGAGCCAGAACGACGGUCAUGGAGAUGGGUACACUUCUUCACGUACUACCUGACGACGUCUUUCUCGCCUACAAGCUACAAUCUCGGUGCAUCUCUGGCGACUAUCGGCCUGCGAUGGUGGCAUACCCUUAUUGCCUCGGCAAUCGCCUCCUUAUUGCUAUCCAUCGUGGUAUUCCUCAAUUCUCGAGGUGCAACGAGAUAUCACAUCGGAUUCCCUGUCAUCGCACGAGCGUCUGGAGGGCCACGCGGAGCCAAAUUCUUCAUUUUCAUCCGGGGUGCCGUAGCAGUCAUUUUCUUCUCGACAAACCUCUACUACGGCGGAAUGCUCAUGGCCAUCGUACUCAGAUGCAUAUUCGGGACAGCAUGGGAUAAUAUCCCCAACCAUCUCCCAGCGGACGCCGGAAUCACCAGUGCAAAUCUGCUAGCAUUCUUCAUCUACUGGUUCUUCCAAAUGGCCCUCAUGUUCGUGCACCCGAUUGUCCUCCGACAUAUCUUCGUCAUCAAGGCAUUCUACUGCACAAUUGCCCUGUUCGUGGUGCUGGGCUGGGCAAUCCACCAGAACGGCGGCUCGUUGGGUAGUUUCCAUUUCGAUGGGCAGGUUAUUCUCUCUGGAUCACAGCUUGUCUGGCCCAUGAUCUCUGCUAUCAACUCUAUAUGUGCUGCCCUAUGUCCGAUUUUGAUUAACCAGCCCGAUAUCGCGCGGUACGCGAAACGCCCGUCCCAAGCGACCUGGUCUCAAACGCUGGGUAUCUUCAUCAGCAAGAUCCUGAUCAUGUUCCUCAGCGCGGGUACAACCAGCGCGGCACAGGGGUUUCUGGGUACCUCCUACUGGAACGUAUGGGAUCUCUACGAUGCAAUUUUGACCACGUACUGGGGUCCCGGUGCUCGAGCUGGUAUCUUCUUUGCAUGCUUCGGAAUGGUCCUCGCCAUUCUGGCCACGAACGCAGGAACAAACUCCCUCCCAGCAGGCGCCGACAUGAGCGGUCUGCUACCGCGGUAUAUCAACAUCGUCCGCGGGCAGAUUAUAUGCGGUCUUCUCGGCCCACUCUUCUUCCCCUGGAAGAUCAUCGCCAACGCGCAAAGUUUCCUCACCUUCCUAUCCUCCUACACCGUAUUUCUCAUGCCGAUCUGCGGUAUCAUGGUGGUGGACUACUGGCUCAUCCGGCGCGGAAACAUACACAUCCCAUCGCUUUACAGCCGCGAGCCAGGAACGCCGUAUACCUACUGGAAGGGAUGGAAUCUGCGGGCCAUUGCGGCGUGGGUGGCCGGUACCGCAUUCGUUAUCCACGGUGUUGCUGGGGAGUUGAAACCGGAGUUAACAGGCCAGGGGAGUAAGAAUAUGUAUAAGAUUGGGUUCUUGCUUAGUUUUUUUAUGGGCUCGGUGGUUUACUUUGCUGGUUGUUUGUUUUUUCCUGUGCCUGUCUACCCGGUGGACAAGGAGGAUACGCCGGCUACUUGGGAAUACCUGGCUGAUUCUGAGGGAUUCUUUGAUGGGGAAACGCGAGAUACUAUCAGGCUGGGGGCUGGGGUUGUUGUGGGUGUGAAACUGGAUGGGGAUGGAGGUGAAUUUGCAGGUCCCAAGAAAGAGGUGGUUUAAUUAGUUCCUAGUCUCAACAUUAUGAUAUCUUCUUUUUCC